AUGUCCAUGGAGAGGAAUUGCCCAAAUUACACUAAUGGUAAUCUAAUUAAAAAUAGAGGGCGCGGAGCCGCGGGCCGCCGGGCAUGGACCCUCAGACCUCCGGGGCCCUGGCGCUGGGGGCUGCGGCCUCGGGGUCUGCCGCUGGCGAGAGCGCGGGAGUCGCCCCCCAGCCCGGAGGCUGGCUUUGCUCCGCAUGACCACUCCGGUCAGGAGAGAGAGAAUGAGAAAGCCACGGAUCGACUAGCCAGUGGAACACAGAGCAUCCCUAAUGGUGGUCCUGCCCGUGAUGAGGGCACCCAUUCUGAAGAGGAAGGCUUUGCUAUGGAGGAUGAAGAUUCUGAUGGGGAACUGAAUACCUGGGAGCUGCCAGAAGGGGUGUCCAGCCGUCUGCCUAGGGAACAGGCUGCUGAUCUUUUUAAUGAGGACUGGGACUUGGAGUUGAAAGCGGAUCAAGGGAAUCCGUAUGAUGCUGAUGACAUCCAGGGCUGCAUUUCUCAAGAGGUCAAACCUUGGGUGUGCUGUGCCCCGCAAGGAGACAUGAUCUAUGACCCCAGUUGGCAUCAUCCACCUCCACUGAUACCCCAUUAUUCCAAGAUGGUCUUUGAAACUGGACAGUUCGAUGACGCUGAAGACUGAGGGUACAGCUUUUUGCCUGCCAGGUACACGGGUCUUCAAGAUUAAGGUCUUUCUUCUUUUCUUUGAGGUGAGAUGUCAUAUCUGAGGAAACAUUCCCAAUGACUCCUGAGCCAGGCACACAGACUGGUGUUAAAUAAGAUCCCACUGCCCCCUACUUCUGUUGUUGUUUUUCAUGAGUGUGUUACCUCUUUAGAUGUGUGUUUGUUUCUGCAUUAGGAGGAGGAGUUGUGUUCUUUAUAAAUAAAGGUAG